CUAGCAGUGGUGAGUGUCAGGGGGCUGGCCUGGGCGUGUAGACAAGGUAUUACCGAGUUAAACGUGGCGUGUAGACCGGGUGCUUCUUCGGAACUGGUAUCUAUUGUGUUCGGGGAUUCCCAAGAAUAAGCUUCUUCAGUUGUGUAUCGAUGAGAAAAAUGGACGAUUCGACGGCAGUGGUUUUUGACGAAUUAACUAAAGACAAUUAUAAAACUUGGCGACUGAAAGCCGAAGUUUUGUUAAGAGUAUCUCAUCUCUGGAAUUAUGUUGAAGAGAACGAAGAAUCAUUGAAGGACGCUGAAUUGUGGAUGAAAGAGGAUAAAAUAGCUAAAUCAAAAUUGAUAUUGCAUAUCAGCAGUUCGUUGCUUCCAUUGGUCGAAGAUUGCACAACUACUCGUGAAAUUUGGUCAAAGCUUGAGAAUGUUUACGGCAAUAAAGAUGAACAACUCGCAGCUUCAAUUAAUCAUGAAGCUGAAGCUGACGAUGAGGAUGCGAUCAUCAACGCUAUUGAAAAAUGCGUCGAAGAUUUUUUUAAUAUUAUCAAUAAUUCAUCCGAUAAAAAACUAUUGGAAGAUCAAAAAUCACUGAGCGCUACUUUUAGAGAUAAUUUACUCUCACAAUUGAAGGAAAAUAAUGUUAAAAAGUCGCUGGAUGAAAAAAUAAUCAUCAACGCUGUAAGUGAUUUCAUCGAUGUUAUUGAUCAAUUACCCAAUAUUAAGAUAAAAGAACAAACGAAUGAAUUGAGCUGUGAACUCGUUGAUAUUAUGCUGGUAAAAUUUGAUAUAAAUCCUCAUAAAAAUGACGAUAGUAUAGCAAAAAGUGAUGCUGUCAAAACUGAAGAACCAAAUGAUAAUGUUCAGAAAGAGAAAAAACGUGAUGGAAUUAGGAGCCAAGAUAUUUCAUUAGAUACUCCUGAUAUUGCGACAAAUGAGAGUGAAAACACUGUGCUAAAGGAAGUAAUGGCAAAGGAUAAAUUAGAAACAUCGAUUGAGAUCUACAAUAAAUUCCUGCUUUCCAACCAGCAGGUUGAUGAUGAGAGAGUGCCCCAUGCAUCAGACGAUCAACAUGAAUACAAGAAUUCAAUGCAUCCAUUAACACAUCUUUGCACUCCACCAACGACUCCGACUCCUAAAAAAACGUACAAGUGUGGAGUUUGUCGUAAAGAAGGACAUAACCGAACAACGUGUCUGCUAAACAGACCAGUCACUUCCGUACCAAAAUUCGUAAGAAUCACUAAAACUCCCAAAAGGUCAUACAGAUGUGGUGCAUGUGGUGACGAAGGACACAACAGAACUUCUUGUCCACUGAAUAAAUUUGUCACUUUUGCAUCGAAGUCUCCUGCUGGAGCUAUUCAAACUCCAAAGAUAUCACGAAAAUGUGGAAUAUGUCGUGCAGAAGGGCACAACAGAACGACCUGUCAGAUGAAUAAAUCAGCUGUUUCUGCGUCGAAAUCUAGUGUUCAGACCCCUAUAACUCCAAAGAUAUAUAAAUGCGGAGGAUGUGGCAAGGAAGGACACAACAUAACAACAUGCCCAUGGUCAAAAUCAGUUCCUUCAACGUCCAAACCUGCUGCUAUGAGUAUUCCUGCCAGAUCAUAUAUGUGUGGAUUGUGUGGAGGAGAAGGUCAUAAUAGAUCAACGUGUUCCCGCAAUUCUGUAACACCAACACCUUCGGCAAGAGCCUCUCCCAGAUGCAGCACCUGUGGCAAUGAAGGUCACAACAGUAGAACUUGCGGCCGUCGCAGCACUUCGUUAACGUCCGCUUUCAUACCUUCGUACUUGUACACACCUCCUUCACUGUCGUACUCAUCUCCAUCACCAUCUUACUCUGGGGGUGGUCGUCGUAGUUAUACGUGUGGCAAUUGUGGUGGUUCAGGACAUAAUCGAAGAACGUGCUCAGGCUAACUCACAUUCCAAGACAUCGACGUAUUAUUUUAACAUCUACAACUGUCAAGCGUAAAAUGAUACGUUUGUUUAUCGGUUGUUUUUUUUUUUUUUUAACAGGUAUCACUUCUGUUGUUCUGUCAACUGUAACACGAUACGUUUAAUUUUUCCUUGUUUUUUAAUAGUUAUUGCUUAUUCUUCUUUUUCAACAUAUAACGAAAACAGAUUAAUACCUCACAUUGGAAUACUUUGACGUAUUUUUUAACAGCUAUAAGUGUUGACUGUAAAACAACAUAUCCAGAGUUAUUCCUUUUUUUUUAACGAUUGUUAUAUAUUUGAAUAUCAAUCGUAAAACGAUAUGUUUAAUUAUUCCUCUCUUUCUAUUGGUUUCCAAUGUUUAUGAAUUAUGCUUUUUAUCUUUAACAUAAGAUAAGUAAUUCAAUUUUAACUCGCAUCUAUAUAUCUUUUUAAAAACUAUAUCAAGCUUAAAAUCGAGCUUAAAGUGAUACAUCCAUACUUAUUUCUCUUGUCAACUAUUGAUGAUCAAUUGUUCUAUUAAGCCUAAAACGAUACGUUUCAUCAUUACUUUUUUACAAUUGUUAUUGCUUAUGCUUUUUUUUCUUUAAUACAUAAUGAACAAUGUGAAUAUUGAUUUGCAUCAUAAAGCAUUUAUGUAUUUUUAACAACUACAACUAAAACUAGAGUAAUAGGUUUACUUUUUCCUUUUCUUUAUGCAACCUUAUGGUCAUUGGUUAUUAAUUUUUCCCUAAAAACUAACCAAACGAAAAGUA